UUUUUUUUGUUGUAUUGCUGUUUAUUUAAAGAAAAUUAUAGAGCUUUAAUUUUGAACCUUAUUUUUUGUGAUAAAUUUUUUUUUUAUUUUUUUCUCUUUAUUCGAAAAAUUGUUAUAAAAUUUUUUCUAAUAUUUUAAAUCUAUCGAAUUUUCAAAAAAAUUUUUUUGAUUAAUUUUUAAUUUUUUUUUAAUUUUAGAUAACAGUUGGCUUUUUCCUUGCUGUUCUUUUUUUUUUAAGAAUUUUUGAUCCAUUAUAUAUUUAAUCAAUAAAUUCUUUUCUUCUUUUUUUUAAUUGCCAAGUAAAAGAAACGGAAAUUUUUAUUUGAUUUUGCUUUCAAUGACUGGCUUUAAUCGUGCACCCAGAAGAUCGCUUGUCCAUUGUCGCGUUCAAGUUUUUUUUUAAUUUUUUUAUGGGAGAGGCAGGCAGUGUUUUUUCGGUUCUACAAGUCGAAGGGUUCUCUCUCCACUGUUUGUAUUCCUGACGGUUCCAAAUAGGUGUGGGGGAAAGAGGUUUCGCAGCCCUUGAAGGGGUGGCUAUAUUUUUGUUAGGUUUAUUUGACUCUAAUGAUCUGUGGCUUUUUUUGUCAAAUUUAUCCCAUUUUUAAACUAAAUUUUUAGCAAGCUUCCAAAUCUUCUUUUGGUGGUUUCAUAGGUAACAGAAUUAAGAAAACACUGUAGGGCUUCAUAGAGGGGAUUUUUAUUUUAAGCUUUUAAUUCCCGUAUUUACUCUGGAACCAUAAAAAAAUUAUUUUUGUAAUUCUUAGAGACAAUAAUGGAAUCCCCCGUUUGAUUUUUGGAACCGAGAAAAUCACUGCGUUGAUUCUUUGUGAAAUUAAAAUUUUCCCUUGACUCUAAUGUCCUAAAAUUUUUUUUUGUUUUUGAAAUUUUUUUUAGCUUUUCUUUUUAAACCUACAUUUUUUAUUUUAUUUUUUAGAUAAUAAAUUUUCUUGUUUAAUAAAAAUCAGUUAAUUACUAGCGGCACAUUUAAAUUUUAUUGUUAAAAUGAGUUCCUAUUCUUCACGUAGACGUGCUCCUGCUAGCUCACAUAUGGAAGAAAGUGUAUUGGAUAGAAUAAAUAGAGAGGCAGAAGAACUCCUUUCAAAAAAGCGUCAAGCUAGAGAUGAAGCAAGACAAGUCAGGAUAGAUUGCCUUGAAAAAUCAAUUAAAGCUAAUGACCAAAAGGAUUAUCAUUUGAUUGAUAAUGGAAAUGACAAAGUCAGCGAAUUGGAAAAGAAAUUUCAACGUGCAAUGUUAUUAUAUUCCCAAUUGGAUAAUGAAAAGUCUUCUCUUUUGUAUGAAAUUGAUUUAAUGAAGGAUGAGAUGGAAGAGAAGGAUCAAAUUUUGUAUCAGGUACAAAGAGAAAAUCGUGAAAUGGGCGAAGAAUUGAAGCUUUUAAAGAAAACUGUAGAAGGCUUACAUCUUCAACAGCAGCAAUUAAGAAAUGAAAUUCUUCAAAGGGAUAAACUUAUACAUGAGAAUGGCUUUCUUGUUGCCAAUCAAGAUCCAAAUGAUGACCUUUUGCCGCCUAUACAACAUACUAGAGCUGGUUCAGAAAAUGGGACUGAUUCUAUUAAAACCAAAUUUGACCCUCUACUAAUUUCUUAUGUGACAUUAGCUGCUGUUGAAAAAGCACUUCCCGGUACUUCUGCUGUUGACCAAAAAAUUCAAAGGAUUGUUGAAUCGAACCGUAAACUUCGUCAACAAAUAGACGAUGCAGAAAAGGCUCUUUAUAAUCGUCGGCAACGACCAAGGGAAGACUAUAAUUCAACUGGGUCAAAUAGCAGUAGUGACGACAGUUUGCAUAAAGACGCAUUAAAGCAAGUCGCUGAAUUGAAGCUUAAAUUACAAGAAAUGGAGAGGGAGAAAACCGCUUUGGAUGGAGCUUUUGGACGGUCCGAAACCCAACUAAAGAGGUUUAAAACUAUCGCGGAACAAUCAGAAAAGGAGUCGGAAGAAUUGCAAAAACAGAAUAGACAACUUAAAAAAGAGCUUCGCGACAAGGAACAAUUACUUGAAGAAAGUAAAGAAACUAACAAUCAUUUGCAAUCCAGACUUGAAAAAAUGCGUAAUACAAGAAGGCCAAUAUAA